AAAAAAAAUUUUUUUUUUGCUAUUUUUCAAGUUUGAACGUGCGAAGAAGCUAUUUUUCAAAAAAACCUAAAUACUAAAUAGACCAUCAAAGUCACUGAGUACAAUCAUUGUUGACCAUCGCUGAACAUUGUCUGGUAUAUUGGUUGAUGCCGUUGAAAUGCGUAGGUAGCCACCAAGGAAGUGAAUGCUCGAAACAAUCUUCCCUGUUCUUCAAUGGUCUGAUUGUUUGCUGGUAGUUUGCACAAAUCUGAAAUGGGUUGGACGGAGAUAGUGAGAAACGCCGAGGAGUUGGUGGGAAAAGCCAUGAAAGGGAACGAUGCAUCCCACGACGCUGCCCAUGUUUGGAGGGUCAGAGAUCUCGCCCUCUCUCUUGCCCGUGAAGAAGGCCUCUCUUCCAACCCAGACUCGAUGCAAAUCGUUGAGCUGGCUGCACUUCUUCAUGAUAUAGGUGACUACAAAUACCUGAGAGAUCCCUCUCAGGAGAGAAUUGUUGAGAACUUUCUGGAGGAAGAGGGCAUAGAGGAGGAGAAAAAGAUGAGGAUCUUAAGUAUCAUUAAGGGAAUGGGUUUCAAAGAGGAGCUUGCAGGGCAUGCAAACAGUGAAAUUUCUCCAGAGUUUGGAGUUGUACAAGAUGCUGAUCGUCUUGAUGCAAUUGGCGCCGUUGGAAUUGCUCGUUGCUUUACUUUUGGUGGAAGUAGGAACAGAGUACUGCAUGAUCCUAACGUUCACCCACGAACUGACUUAUCUAAGGAGCAGUAUGUGAAAAAAGAUGAGCAGACAACUGUAAAUCAUUUUCAUGAGAAGCUUCUUAAGCUGAAGGAUUUGAUGAAAACAGAGGCUGGUCGGAGCAGGGCUGAGAGAAGGCACAAGUUCAUGGAGGAGUUUCUUAAAGAGUUCUAUAAAGAGUGGGAUGGGAGAGCUUGAGCAAGCAAUUUUGUUGAAAGUUUCUGCUUUCAAGAUGAAGGCAUUUUGGUGGAACAUAAAACUACAGUACAAAAUGUAAUGCAUACAUUCCAUAAAACUAUAGUACAAAAUGUAAUGCAUACAUACCAGCUGGGAUUUCCUUUUGAAGACUGUCAUGUGUCAAUGACUGUUCUGAAGUGCAAUAAUAACAUUUGAAAUUCCGAAUA